GCGGGGUUCUGGGGGAGGCCGGUGGAGGGCGCCACGAUCGCGGCGAGGCUCGGGCGGCCAUGGCGGCGGGGAGACUGCUGAUCCUCGCCGUGCUGCUGCUGCUGCUGCUGGGGGGCACGGCGGGGCCCGGAGCCCGGGCAGCCCGCAGCCGGGGUUCCGAGAAGCAGAACAGUCUCCGCCGCGCCGCCAGCGGCCUCUACCAGGGAGUCAGCGGCCUCUUCGGGGAGGACAACGUGCGGGCCCUGCAGAAGUUUUUCUCAAGGUUGACAGAGAGGUUUGUGAAUGGGGUGGAUAUAUUAAUGGACACGUUUUGGAGAAUAUGGACUGAUUUGUUAGAUGUUCUUGGAAUUGAUGCCUCCAACUUGACUCAUUAUUUCAGCCCAGCAGCAAUUGCCAACAACCCAACCCGUGCUCUUCUGCUGAUUGGUGCCAUUUUACUUGCCUACUGGUUUUUAUCUCUCUUCCUUGGAUUCUUCUUCUAUCUCCUGCACAUGCUGUUUGGUCGCUUUUUCUGGAUUGCGAGGGUUGCCCUUUUCACCCUGUCAUGUGUGUACAUCCUGCAGAAGUAUGAAGGUGACCCAGAACACGCAGUCCUGCCCCUCUGCUUUGUUGUAGCAGUCUACUUCAUGACGGGGCCUGUGGGAUUUUACUGGAGAAGAAACAGCAACAGCAGCCUUGAGGACAAGAUGGACCACCUGGACAGUCAGAUCAGACUUCUGAAUAUACGUCUCUCUAGGGUGAUUGAAAACCUGGACAGAAGCAGUGACCAAUGAACCAACCCUACAGACCACUGUACACCAGCUCUAGAAAAUUCCUAAGCACUGUCUCAUUCAAAGCAACAAAGCAUCACAUGGUAAAAAGUGUGCAAAGUUAUAACUUUUCAUCAUGUGUAAGACUAAUUUAUCUAGAUUAUACACUCAGCCAUUAUACUUGUAAGAAGAAAAAUUAAGCUGUAUAUUCAGUUUUAUCCAGUACUAGAAUUUUAUCAGUAGAUAAACGCUUACUUUUACAGGCAUUUAAAAACAUUUUUUGUAAUUUUUUUACAAAGCAAAUUGAGUAGUCUUUCAAAUAUUGAAAUUGAGCUCAACAUAUGCAAAUUUGACAUUAAGAAGUUAAAAAGAAAAAAAAUAUUUCAAGCUACCAAACACUUCUAUUGAGAAGUAACUGCUGUGGGUCCACUUUUUUUUUUUUUUUUUUUUUUUUAAGAAUCACAAAUAUUCUUCUUUUGUAGUUGGCUUAUUUCAUUGUCUCAAAGUUGCCUUUCAUAGAGUAGCCAAUGAACAAAUUUUCUGGUAUCCAGGCCAAAAAAUUCACACCAUAGAUUCUUAAUAGGAGGUGGGGAAUGAGGGAGAAGGAUGAUCUCAUUAAUUUGAAGUCCUGAAAUGCCAGUCCCAUAUGAGGAAUUGAGAAGUGCACAUGUGGCUUUAUUUCAUUGCUUUUCCUAUCAGGAUCUUAGAUUUUGAUGUUUGGAAGGAAUCCGGUUUAAUAAGUUGACACAAGAUAUGUAGUGUGAGAAAUCAUAACUUACAUUUGAUCUUGAUAAUGAAGCACAUUCCAAGCAUCAGUGCAUGGAAUAAAAUAUGAUUUUUAACACCGGGACCCAAGUACUUUCUCAAAAAAGGCAGCAGUUAAAACAACUGCAAAUGUAUUGUUGCUUAAAGCUUUCUCAGGACCAAUAAGCGGCAAUAAAUUAUCUCCAGGAAGAUCUGGAUUUUUUUUCUAAAAUUAUGAGUUUUAUAGGAGCUUUUUGCUUGAAGUCUGUGUCCUCACUCUAUUGGGUUUCAGGAAGUGAGUCCCCUUGCAAAAAGGGUGUAUUAAACAGUUGUAUUUCAAAGUGUAGGAGCUUUGAAGCAAUUUUACUUUUGAAGGAUUUAUGUAUUUGUAACCUUAUAAUUAACUAGCUUGGUAGGUGACCACUGGCUUUGUAAGGUUUGCUGAAUGUACUGAAACAAAGGUAACCUCAGGGAGGAAGGUCUUGUAAGUGGUUUAAUGGAGUAACCAAUAGCAUUUGAGGCUAUAACAGGGGGUGGGAGGGGAGGGAGACCAUAUAAUUCCUUAGUGAUGAGCACAGUAUCAAUACUAGAAGAGGUAAAAUGGACCACAGCUGAAGAAAAACAUACUUCCUAGUAUCUGAAUGAUUAGGUAAAGAAAAGCUGCAACAAAAAUUGGUCCGUGAUAGGGACUGGCCAAAAAGCAAGGGGAACAGAUACGAGUAGAUGAUGUACGUGCUGUGGCUUUGCUGAUGAGUGCCCGCUGUGGCAGUGCUGGCUGUACAUGGCUGAGCAAGGCGUGGUGCUGGGUCUUCAGCUUCUUGUCUCCUUGGGCACAAGUUCGCUGGAUGUGGCGCUUAACUGAAUAUAACUGUGGGGUGAAAUUAUGUUUCUCUUUGUGCUGAAGUUUAGCACUCUUAAAAUGUGUGUUACUUGCCUAAGCUCUUUUGGUCUGUAUGUAAUGUUUACAUGAAUGAUUACUUUAAAAUCCAUUUUUAUGGCCUUCAUGCCAACCUGCGGUCACUUCAGUUCAGCGUGGUUGAAGUUCAUGUGCAGUUGACAUUGUUGUAAUCAGUUUUAAUUUUUUUAUUGUAUCUGCAAAUUACUCUGACCCAAGGAAUGCAUGGAGUUGCGAAGCAACUGCUUUUUCUAACUUAGUCUUUCCCAUAAACAGAUAAGUACUAUGGCAACAAACAGCCUGCUUUGUAAAGCUGGAAGUUAAACUUACAGUAUAUGCAUUUUUACAGCUCAUUUUUCAUUAGUAUUACAGAGUCUUCCCUCUGAACUCUUGUUUUCCCUGCUGUUGGGCACCGAGGACUGAGCUAAAACAGCAACCUGGAAAUUAGGAAUUGAUUAGCAAAGAUGGUCAAGUCUUUGUGUUUUGCUAAAUCUGAGGCCUGAGGACCAAAGUCUGCAUACCUUGCUCAUGUAAACGGCUCUAUUGACUUCAGAAGAACUAUGUGCAUGAGCCAGUUUUGCAUAGAUUGUAUUUUAUGUAAUCCAUAUUUAAUGUUGAAAUUAAAAGUACUGAACCAUUUAUAUAUUAAGAGCUGUCUAUUAUAAAGAUUACUUUAAAAAUACUAUAUAAAAAUUAGUUUGGGUUAUAGUUUCUCCCUGUGUCUGUAAUUGUUUCUUAUUUUUGUAAAAAUCAGCCCUCCUAUAUUAAUACUCUUAAUUUUGAUCAGCCUGCUGCUUGAAAAAAAAUAUUUUUGUAUUCACUUGCAUCCUAUGUAUAGCAAAAUGUUAUGUGAAAAGCAGUAUAUAUAAAAUUGGAUAUUUUUAA